CAGCUCGGCCUCAGCAGUCAGUCAGCGGCAGGAUGGACGGAUAAACAUCACGAUUUAGGGCGAUGUUCAGAUUUGUCUGCCAUGGAACAGGAUAUGAUACCAAAAUUCUCCUCCAAAGACGAGGAAAUUGACUUCUGGAAGGCUCUUUCCCUCAAGUACAAGGAGGGCUGCCAGCAGGCUCAGGAGGAGCUGCUGGAGUUCCAGGAGGGGAGCCGUGAGCUGGAGGCGGAGCUGGAGGCUCAGCUGGGGCAGGCGGAGCACCGCAUGAAGGACCUGCAGUCGGAGAACCACCGUCUGAAGCACGAGGUCGACUCGCUCAAGGAUCGGUUUGAGCAGCAGUACGCUCAGAGCUACAAGCAGAUCUCUGUCCUGGAGGACGACCUGGGACAGACACGCAGCAUCAAGGAGCAGCUGCACAAAUACGUCCGAGAGCUGGAACAGUCCAACGACGACCUGGAGAGAGCCAAAAGAGCGACCAUCUCGUCUCUGGAGAACUUCGAGCAGCGUCUGAACCAGGCGAUCGAGAGGAACGCCUUCCUGGAGAGUGAGCUGGACGAGAAGGAGUCUCUGCUGGUGUCCGUGCAGAGAUUAAAGGAUGAAGCCAGAGACCUGCGGCAGGAGCUGGCGGUGCGGGAGCGACAGGUCGACGUGAGCAGGAUGUCCGCUCCGAGCUCGCCCACGCAGGACAACGAGAAGAUGGACACGGCCGUGCAGGCGUCGCUCUCGCUGCCCGCCACCCCGCUGAGCAAAGGGCUGGACAACGCCUUCGCCAACACCACAGGUCUGUCAAACGGGUUUGGCAGCAACUCUCCUCUGACUCCUUCAGCCAGAAUAUCGGCUCUGAACAUCGUCAGUGAUUUACUGCGGAAAGUCGGGGCUCUGGAGUCGAAGCUCGCCGCCUGCAGGAACUUUGCGAAGGACCAGAAGGCGAGGAAGGCGUACGGUCUGGACAACGGGAACGUGCUCAACGCCAACUACUCCCAGGCUCUGCACACGUCCUACUUCGACAAAGCGACAGAGAUGGUGACGUUCCCGGCUCUGGUUCUGGGUAAAGCAGCUCGUCCUGUUAGCGUUAGUGUGUCGCUGCAUUGAUGCAUGCUGCAGCUGCUGAAUUUAACAUGUAGAGCUCAUAGAAAUAACAGGGACUGUGGGUUCAACUAACAGCUCCAGGGUGGAGGAGGUGGUGGUCUUUACCUCUAACAGAUCUGUCUCAUAGUGUUUGUUUUGGUCUUUUAUCUAACAAUUGAUUUGAAUUAAUCCUCUGGAGUCUAUGAUCACGCUGCUGUGAUCAGAUAACGAUUACUUUUUUCAAAGCGCCGUAACAAAAAAACGAGGUCACGUGGAGCGCUGCUGUCGACUUCACUCCAAAUUACAGACGUGAAACUUUCUACGGUUUUUUGUUUCACGUUCCGAGGUCAUGCAAAACCAAAGAUAUGAUCGUUUUAAUUUGAUAGUACAAAAAUACUUAUUCAAGUGUAAAAGUAGGAUGGGACGAGGCAGGCGUGGCAUUUAGUAAAAAUGGAAAAAAGGGGUCUGAUCAUCUAACACUGUUCCUAUAAAUAAACAGGAUGAUUUUAUGGUAAUUUUUUGUGUAUAGUUUUGUUAUAUUUGAAUUUUACCUUUAUGUGUUCAUAUUUUUAACCUUUGUUUUUGUAACCUAUUGUCAUAAAUAAUAUAAUUUUAUUUCAGAUUUCAGGAUUUUUAUGUAUUUUUGGGCUCAAUAUGUUAAUAAAGUGAAUAUUAUGUGGUAUAUAAAGGGCAAUUAGGCUCAGACCCCAGAGGGUUAACCAGUUUUAUUGGAGGUAAACUUCAGUGUAGAGCCCUUUGGGACAGAGGACGAGGAUUUAUUGUGUUUGAAAUGAGAAAAAUAUAGAAUAUUUCCCUUUUGAAAGUCAGUCAUAUUUAAUUCAGUCCAGUUUUUGCUGCAUCACGUCUCGUGGUGACGCAGAGACUCUGUGAGCUGCUGAGAGCUCAGAGACGGUGAGAGUUUCUCCAGAGAGAGAGACGAGCUCACCGUCCUUCUCCUGUAACUCUGUUCACCUUCAGGAACACAAAGCCAAACUGUCUCUUACUGUAAGAGGAAAAUAUAAGGGAGAAAACUAUUUUUAUUGAUCAGAUGUUUCCCAAUUCACAAUGAGGAACUUUUCUACCUCUUAGACUAUAUUUUAGCUCUUUUAUUUCACACUAAUGCAUUAAGAAGUUUGGUGUUUUUUGGAAAUCCAUAAACAGUUUUAAAUUUAAUUGAAAAUUAAAUUAAAAUUUUAGGGUGUACAUGGAACAGCAGUUCAGUUUCAGUGCCCAUUUCUAGUCAGGUAAAUAUAUAUAAUAUAUAGGUAAAUAUAUGGAGAUUUAGAGAGAUGGUUGUAGUAAUAAUAGAUAAAGUAAACAUAUUCAAUUGAAAAAAUUAUAGGUGAAAAAUAGAAAUAAAGAGAUGAAAAGAUGAAUGAAUGAACAGGAUGAAAACAUUUUUUUAAUAAAAAUAGGAAUAAAUAGGUAAAUAAAGGUUAAAAAUGUACAGUAAAAAUAAAAUAAAGCAGUGAAGAAUAAAAGAGAAGUGUUUUCUCAAAGGAAAGGUAUAACUUAAAUAUAUUCAGUUUCCUUUUUCACAUUUUAUUCAAUUGUACUGAAGCUGUUUCAGCUGUAAAUCACCGUCUGUGUUUCCCUCAUGACUCAUGAAUGACUCAGACUUCAAACAAACAUUCUGCUCAUAUUUGGACUCUGACCCACAAAACAAACCAGUUCAACCAGUUAAACCACCAACCAGCAACAAUCCUUCCUUCCAGCUUUCAGCGUUUUUACAUUUUUAGCAACAAGAGAAAACUUUGUUUAAAGACGUCACAGACGACUGUCUGAAGCUGCAGGAGAGCAAUAAUUCUUGUCAUUUCCAAUUUUCAUCCCUUAUUUUAAGAGUACAGUUGUCCCAGGAAAAUAAUAGAAGCUAAAAUAAAUAGGGUAAUAAAUAAUAAAUAAUCAGGUAAUUCUCAGAUCAUUUUCUCUCUUUUUUUUUUCUUCAAAGUAAAUAAUAAAGUCGUUCUGUAGAAAAUAUGUGUGGAUUGGCUGACUUUACAUUACUUUAUUUAUAGAGCACCUUUCAUACAAAGUUCUUCACAGAGCAACACUGAAACAAAAUAAAACAAAAUAGAAAAUUGACUUCAUUAAAUAAAAUUUUGCAAGACUAAUAAUUCCAAAAAUAAAAAUAAAAAGGUCAAUAGAUAAAAUAAUAACAUUAAUAUGAAUAAAAUAAAAUAAAAUAAACACCAAGGGUUAAAAACAAAUAAUUAAUUAAAAUGAGAUGAUUCAAUUUUAAAAAGUAAGGCAAAAGACAUUACUAUAUAUUUAAAAGAUUUACUUUUUUAGGACUUUUCUUUCCUUUUUUUCUGCCUUUUUUUCCUGUAGAAAAGGACUUCCAUACAUCUUAGCUUUGUUUACUUAUUUCUACAUUAAAUUAAAUGUUUGGAGGCUUUUUUAUCUUUAAUCUUUAACCUGAUAUUAUCGUGUCUCAGCUGGUUUUGGGUUCAUUAAUAUUCUCACGUCUUGUUUCCAGUCAUGAUGUCGUUCUUUAGACUAAAAAUUCCAACAAUAAAAACAUUUUAAAAAUUCAAUUUCAGAAAAAUGAAAUGGAUAAAAUAAUAAUAAAAUAAAAUAAAAAUCACUAGGGAAUAAAAAGAAAUAAUAAAAAAAAAAUUAGAUGAUUAAAUUUUGAAAAGUAAGACAAAAAAGAUUACUCCAGAUUUUAAAAAAACUUUUUUUUAUGACUUUUAUUUCCUUUUUUCUGUCUUUUUUCCUGCAGAAAUGUCAAAUUAAAUGAUUUGGAGGCUUUUUUCUUUAAUCUAAAACCUGAUAUUAUCGUGUCUCAGCUGGUUUUGGGUUCAUUAAUAUUCUCACGUCUUGUUUCCAGUCAUGAUGUCGUUCUUUGGACUAAAAAUUCCAACAAUAAGAACAUUUUAAAAAUUUAAAUUAUUAUUUUUUUUUUAAUGAAAUGGAUAAAAUAAUAAAAAAAUGAAAAUCAGGCAAAAAAAGAUUAUUCCAGAUUUGUAAAAAAUCCCUUUUUUAGGACUUUUAUUUCCUUUUUUCUGUCUUUUUUUCCUGUAGAAAUGUCAAAUUAAAUGGUUUGGAGGCUUUUUAUCUUUAAUCUAAAACCUGAUAUUAUUGUGUCUUGGCUUGUUUUGGGUUCAUUAACAUUCUCACGUUUUGUUUCGUUCUUUAACCCUUUGUUGUUUGUUUGUUUG